UUGAAAUAACUCCAAUGUGCGCAGUAGUUUUCAUUCUUUGAAAGCAAAGUUGGAAUAAUGUAUUGGCUCAAACGCACACUCUCCAAAAGUUCCAGAAAUCCAAAUACUGCAACACAACAACAACAUGAACAAGAACAUCAUGGGAUCACCGAUGAACUCAUUAACCUCGUCAAAUCCUUCACCAUUGAUACCUUCAAAAAUUUCCCUCUCCAAGAUGAAGAUGAAUCCAGUUAUAGUGAAGAAGUUGAAUCUACUUCAACAAGAGUUAGAAAAGAUCUUUCUCAGUGGCAAGAGAGACAUGCAGUUCUCAUACUCUCAAAUGUUAAGGAAAUAUCGCAACUGAGAUACGUACUUUGUCCUCGCCAUUUGAAGGAAAAUCAAUUCUGGAUAAUAUAUUUUACGCUUGCUAGGAGUCAUCUUGCCCCAUAUGAGCUACGUGCCAUACAACAGGAGAAACUAAAACAGAUGGCAAUGGAAGAUGAUAAAUCUUCAGAUAAGCACCCACAUGAAAUUGAAAUGGCAGAAGCAAAGCCUGGGAACUUCACAGAGCCUUUGCCACCCUCGGACUAGGAAAAACUUGCAAUGGUUGGUAGCUUGAAAAUAACAGGUUCCUUAAAAUUCUUACUUGUGUGUAGCAGUCAAUGGCUGUGACAAAGUCCUUAGCUCGAAAAGCAGCGUCUCCAUGCUUCUUCAAAUUCAAGGUCUCUUGCAUUUGACUAGUCCACAAUUGAAAGGAAAGCUGCAGUUUCAACAUUAAUCAAACAUUGGAGUUGGUAACACAAAGUUAGAGGGAAAAGUGUGUAAAGAACAAAGUUUAUAUUCCUCUCUUUUAUAUUGUGUUGUGUAUUCAAGUGUGACAAAAACCUCAUUGGCAAUUCCUUCAUCAUCUUUGUAACCAGUCUUCUCUAAUAUUGCAUGUAUGGCAGUAAGAUCCAAUCUCAAACAUGAUUCACCAAAAGAUGUCAAUGACAAGGGCUUUGUUGAUGA